GCGUCGGGUGCCCUUCCUGACGGAUCAUCAUGAAGUCUGUACUGUACGUGUGUAACAUUGCGCAUAGUUUGCUUAUACUAUAUAUUAAAUAUAAGUUAUCUUAUAUUAUCUUAUUGCUGGAGGAGUUCGAUCUUAUGUCAUUUCAGCUUCAAGUUUGGACUAACAUUACACUAAAUUCUAAUUUUAAAGAUUCGCACCUGAGGGAAAUGCCAGCCGUGCGCUUGAAACAGAAAAUAAUUACAUAAUCUGGACUUAAAAAAUGUACUCGUCAGAGAAUUCCCUUUCACUUUUAUUAAGUAGAUGAUCAAAAAGCAAUAGUUUUAUAGACAAUAAAUUAAGACCGCCUAGAAAAAUUCCGCGUAUUGAAUUAAAUAAAAAGACACAACACUGGAGCUGUUGUUUAUUCGCACUGGUUUAACAAAUCAGAGAAGCACUGUGAUUGUAACUAAGACUGAGUGUUUAUCAUGGAGCUGUUGAAGUUCGUGGUGCUGUUCAUGUCCGCAGUUUGUGUGUGUGAAGGUGCAGCUCUGCCAGCCUGCAAUUUGACAUCCUUUAUGAUCCAAGAUAAAAACAAAAGAUGCAAUAAACUGCUUCAGAACAUGGGGGGUCGGAUGCCACAGGAGUGUUUAAAUGAAAAAAUCAUCUCCUUUCCAAAGGACGUGUUCAUUAAAGCUCAGAAUGAAGACAUGCUCAUGGUGGCUCUAGAAACUCUGAAAGGAGUUAACAAAAUCUUCAAGAACGAACAAACAUCCGUCACCUGGGAAAAGAAUGACCUGAGUCUUUUCACGAAUAUCGUACACAGACAAGUGAAAAGCCUGCGGGAUUGCGUAGGGGAAGAGGCCGAGACAGACAAACCUGCGGACGGCAGCGCUGCUACACUGAGGUCCUACUUUGAAACACUGGAGAAGCGGCUGAAAGAGAGGGAGUUCAGCUUGUGCAGCUGGGAGAUGGUCAGAACUGAACUUCAGGAUGGUCUCAAAAAGUUUCAGACUUUUUUAGAGAGCAAGAAAUAAAGAUCAAGAAGCAACACUUGAUGUAGGACUUCCGAAACGCGUUUUAAGAGCUGGCUUUUAAAGACUGAAGAGAUUGUUUGCAUAUUUGUUGACUUUUUUAUUAUGCAAAAACAAAUAUCAUGUGCAUAUAUGUUUUUGCUUUCCAUUAGUUACCACAGUAAGCAUUAAUUAUUUAUUUAUUUAUUUAUUUAUUCAUAGUUUUUGUUUGUUUGUUGAUUUGUUGAUAUAUCUAUU